AUGGAUACCGGUGCUUCUACGUCAUCAGCAUCAAAACCCAGCCAGGGUAGCAGUGCAUCAGCCGCCGUCAAUGUAGCCAGUGAUUUACCAGCCGCCCCUACAGCCACCGGAGCCACCACUCGAUCAUCGUCAGCCGCUGCCAUUGCGCGUCUGGAAAACGUGAUUGCGGCUCUACAAAAACGAAUAGCCAUGCUUGAGAUCAGUUUAUCGGCCUCUCAACCCCAGUCACGUGGUGAAACGCUCAACGUGGGUACAUCCAACAGUAAUGUCGCCGCCGAAGUUUCGUCGAGGAUAACAACACAAUUACCGGAAUCGCAGCAGCCAGCUAUUGCCAACUGUACAGUACCGUUGUCGCAACCUACCGAUAUCCGUUAUACGCCGCCGUUAUUUGCAGCAAGUACCACUGCUGCAAACCACAUGUACAGUUCAACUAUUUUUACGCCUUCGAUCCAUUCUAAUUCGACGACAAUGCCUACGUUUGUUAAUACGAGUACAAGUGUACACCAACAACUUGGUAUUUGCCACACCUUGCCGUUGCUAAUCCCAAAAAACCCGGAAAGCUACCUCUUGAAGGGUCCACAAGAAUAUCGCCCAUUGCCGUCGAUAUUAUUUCGUUUUCGUGAGGGCGCAGUUGCUGUAUGUGGAGACAUCAAGGAAAUGUUCCACCAAGUCCUUAUACGAGAAGAUGACAGAUGUGCACAGCGGUUUCUUUGGCGUGAUGGUGAUGCUACGCAACCGCCGGAUGUUUACGAAAUGUGCGUGAUGACGUUUGGCGCUGCUUGUUCACCAUGUGCUGCAAAUUAUGUAAAAAAAGUUAACGCGUUGGAGCACCAAGAUGAACAUGGAACCACGGCCCUUGCAGUAAAAGCAAUAUUGGACCACCAUUAUGUCGAUGACUUCGUUGAUAGCUUCAGUUCGGAAGUGGAAGCGAUUUCCGUGUCAGAGCAGGUCCGAGCGAUUCAUAUGGAUGCUGGGUUCGAGCUUCGCAACUUCACAUCCAAUUCUUCGAAAGUGUUAGCCGCGCUUGGUGGUACUGAUGUUACACGAUCGAUUGGUAAAAAAGAAGGUUUCGUUGGUGAGAAGGUACUAGGCUUGUUUUGGCAGCCAUCAUCAGAUUGUUUUGGCUUCAAACUAAAAUUUCUUAACGUUUCGGAAGCGGUUAUAAAUGGGGAGAGACGCCCUACUAAAAGAGAACUUAUAAGUAUCGUCAUGUCGAUUUUUGACCCUCUUGGGUUUCUAAGCCAUUUCGUCAUUGGAGCCAAGUUACUUAUGCGUGAGCUUUGGAAACACGAUGUCCACUGGAAUGACCCAUUGCCAAACGACGUAAACGCUGCUUGGACGAAGUGGCAUAAACAACUAACCGAGAUUGACAAGUAUGCCAUACCUCGUUACUAUUUCAGAAAUGGUGCACCUCAGGUACUUCAACUUCACAUAUUUGUUGAUGCUAGUGAAGAUGCCUUCGCCGCCGUUGCUUAUAUUCGAUCUCAAUUUAUAUCUGGUGAAUUUGAUGUUGCAUUCGUUUGUGCCAAGACAAAAUGUGCGCCAAUGAAAACCCUUACUGUGCCACGCCUCGAGCUUCAGGCAGCGGUUUUGGGCACUCGUCUUAUGCAGUGUAUCCGCGACGAACAUUCUCUGAACAUCAAAGAUUGUAUCCUGUGGAGUGACUCAAAAACGGUCAUCAAAUGGAUACAGAGUGAACAUCGUCGUUACAAGCCUUUCGUUCAGCAUAGGAUAGCAGAGAUAUUGGCUUCUACAAGCAUAUCAAAUUGGAGAUGGAUACCCACUAAGCACAAUGUAGCCGAUGAAGCGACGCGAGCAAAUGAUUGUACCAAUUUUAAUCCAACAGCACGUUGGUCACGGGGGCCCCCUUUCUUACGCCAGGAUGAGCAAGAAUGGCCUUCAGAAGACGUAACAGUUUCUGGAAAUGAUGAACCUGAUGAAGAGCUUCGGCCCAAAUACGCUUUAGUCAUCCCAAAUCAAUGUUAUGGUUUAACAGCCCAAGAAGUGGACAAUACUAAACGCCUUUUAUGCCGCAUAGUACAACGCGAAGUGUAUUCAGCAGAGUUUCAGUCUAUUGAAAAUGAUCACGACAUUGCCCACGACAGUACAUUGUUACAACUUUCACCAUAUAUAGACGAAGAAGGUGUUCUUCGAGUACAGGGACGCAUCGACGCCGCCAGCUGGCUUCCAAUCAGCACACGACGUCCUAUUAUUCUACCGCCUGAUCAUGCCUUCACAAAAUUAUUGGUGUUACAUCACCAUAGCGUUAUGUGCCACCAAAACAUUGAAGCUACUAUUGGUGAGAUCCGCCGUAAUUAUUGGGUGCCACGACUAAGAAGUGUGUUGCGCAACGUCAUCGCCAGUUGCAAUGUAUGCCGUUUGAAUAAAGCUACCCCGUCAGCGCCUUGGAUGGGACCGCUUCCGUCGGACAGACUUACUCCCUACGUACGCCCGUUUAGCUACACUGGCCUUGAUUACUUUGGCCCAGUCACUGUGACUGUUCGACGCAGUACGGAGAAGAGAUGGGUUGCGCUCUUUACGUGCCUUACAGUGAGAGCUGUGCACCUAGAACUGGCUCACGAUUUGAGUACUGACUCCUGUAUUAUUGCUUUACGUAAUUUUGUGAAUAGACGUGGUGCGCCCAUAAGGAUAAGGUCUGACAAUGGAAAGAAUUUCGUUGGCGCCGACCGAGAAGCAAAACGAUUUGCAGAAGUGUUCGACUGCGGUCGCUUACAAAGUGAAUUAUCACAGAAAAACAUCCAGUGGGUGUUUAAUUCCCCAUUUAACCCUUCGGAAGGUGGCGCGUGGGAGAGAAUGGUACAGUGCGUGAAGCGAGUUCUACGUCACACAUUAAAAGAAGUUUCACCAAGAGAGCAUACUCUGAUUAGUUUCCUGAUUGAAGCUGAGAACGUCGUUAACUCUCGCCCACUGACGCAUCUGCCUAUCACUGCCGAUCAAGAACAGCCUCUGACUCCUAACGAUUUCAUUCUGGGAGCAGACAACACGCCCGAGACUCCUAUAGCAGACGCUGACUUGGGAAACACUUGUAUGCUACACAAGCAGUGGCGCAUCGCUCGUCAAUUAAGGGAUCAUUUUUGGAAGAGAUGGAUUACUGAGUAUCUACCUACAUUGACUCGCCGUGUGAAAUGGUGCCGUAGAACGAAGCCAUUAAAAGAAGGAGAAUUGGUGUUUAUAUGCGAUCCUAACGUUCCACGACGAGAAUGGUGCCGCGGUAGAGUGGAGAAAAUAUACUUUGGGACUGAUGGCGAAGUACGACGAGCAGACAUACGAACUUCCACGGGAGUUAAACAGCGAGCAGUCUCAAAACUAGCCGUUCUGGACAUUGAUGGUGGUGAAUCUGGUUGA